AUGAGCGAGUCGAGUGAAUCAAACAGCCUCUCCUCGUCGGAAGAAUCCGAGUCCACGCAGUCACAAGGAAAUCGCUCCCAAAGCUCAGCUCAAGAAUCGCAAACUGGCUCAGACAACGAGGACAACUCAGAAUCCAAAAACUCAUCCCCAGAAAACGGAACAGAACAGCUCCAAAGACAGAGAGAGCCGACCAACUGGGAAGCAAAAUAUCCGUAUCGAUUUCACCCGGAGCGGGAUGCACUUAUGAAAGAGUGCGUCCAAAUGGCCGAGUACACGAUGAAGCCGCCGAUCGUGAAGCCCUGGAAUCCGGCGAAGGGACGCGCGAACAAUCGCGGAAACUACCGCGGCCAGAAUAGGAACGAACAGAACCACGGCGGGAAGAGAAGACGCGACUUUUGA